AUGGGAGCAAACAUCGAAGAAUUUUCGGGUGGUGGACCAUACUACUUUAAGAUACACGGUCAAGUGUAUCACCGAAUGGGCAGCUUCAGACCACGAGAUGAUCAAGAAGCAAUGUAUUCACAACUCUAUAUUCUAGAUACGGCACAAGCAACAGAAACAAGAAUGAGAAAUAUGCAUAACAAAAAAUGCGACCGGGAACUAAUGUACAGAUUAGAUGUUCUCUUACGAGAAAUCAAUCCCUAUGCAAAAGCAUUCAAGAUGUUGCAUGAGCUUGAGAAUGAGAUGUCUCUUUCAUCACAAGAGAUUGUCAUGUACAUCAAGGGAGAGAGCACAACAGAUCCUCGAAGAUACAAUGCACCGUGUUCAAAUGAAAUUGCUGCCAUUUUUACAAAUCCAAGUGGGAACCCACCAUUUGACCGUAGUAUAGCAGUCUAUCCAAAGGAAGAAUCAAUGCAGGAAAUAUCAAUCAUUUCAUCAUGUUGUGACCCUAUGAUCUACCCAAUUCUUUUUCCCAGUGGAGAGGACGGAUGGUCAAAUGAUAUAAAAUACACAGAUAACGGCAAUACACUUAAACGUUGUAAUGUCACAAUGAUGGAAUUUUAUCAGCACAAAUUUGCUAUACGGGGCAUAUGUCACAAUGGCAUAAGAAGCAUAUAUUUCAACCCUGUGUUGACAGCAGGAAAACUCACACAACAAUACAUGGUCAAUACAUACACCAAGAUUGAAGGUGGCCGACUAACAUGGAUAAGAAACCACCAACGUGAGCUACGUGCUGAAGCAUACGGUGGCCUCUCAGAUUUCGUGAAAAACAGAGCCGAACAGGAAGGGGUACGUGCUGGAAAACUAAUAAUACUUCCAUCCUCAUUCACUGGAGGCCCACGACAGAUGAAUCAGAACUACCAGGAUGCCAUGAGCCUUGUAAGGAAGUAUGGAAAACCUGAUUUGUUCAUAACAUUCACCUGCAAUCCUAAAUGGAAAGAGAUCACUGAAAACCUUCUACCUGGACAAACAACUGCAGAUAGACCUGACUUGGUUGCACGUGUGUUCCACAUCAAGAAACAAGAACUCAUAGAUGACAUUUACAAACGAGAAAUAUUUGGCCAGGUCAAUGCUUAUGUCUAUGUGAUUGAAUUCCAAAAAAGAGGACUGCCACACUGUCAUAUUUUGGUGAUCCUUGGUAAAGAUAAUAAAAUCAGAACUAUCGAUGACAUAGACAAUAUAGUUACUGCCGAAAUACCAGAUGCCAGACUAGACCCAGAAUUAUAUGAAUUGGUUAAAAAGCACAUGAUACAUGGGCCUGAAUUGGCCUGA